AUGUCCGAUGACGAAGAGCUCGACGAGGAGAUGCUCCUCGACGGCGACGACGAGCCGGAGAUGGACGAAGAGGAGGAAGAGAUGGAGCUCCUCCGCUCUGAGGGCAUCGUCGACGCCCUCGAGGAGAAUAUACGCCGCGAUUUUGCGCUUAAGUACGGCACGAAGACGGUGCACGAGAAGAGCGCCCACCUCGGCAUCAGAAACUACAAGUGCCCGCUGUGCGAGAAGAACCUGUCGUCGCCGUCGGCCCUCUACACCCACAAGAAGACGCACGGGGAUAAGGUCUUUAAUUGCGAAUUCUGCACGAAAACGUUCACGCUGAAGAACUACCUGAAGCUGCACGUGAAGCAGGUGCACGAGCAGAACGAGCGGAAGCACGUGUGCAGCUACUGCCAGAAGAGCUUCGCCUACGCCGGAAGCCUACAGGUCCACGUACGUACCCAUACGGGCGAGCGGCCGUACUCCUGCAAGUUCUGCCCCAAGGCGCACAAAUGCGCGGGCUGCGGCAAGGGAUACGCGCAGAAGAUCGGCCUCCGCGCCCACUGGGAGCAGUGCCCACUUUUCAAGGCUCGUGCUCGUGUCUCAUCCGAAUCUCCCAUCAACGUCGAGACCGACUCGGACGGCACGUUUGAGGACAGCCCCAAGAAGCUGGCGAUGCUCGGGAAUUAUGAACCAAGCGCCUUCUCGGUGCCGGUGGUCAGCCCCGCGCCGCUGAAGCUGAACCUCCCCUUCUCGGCCCUGCCCCGCCCCCUCCCGCUCCAAAUUCCACCACACAACUAUGGACCCCUCAGCGCCAGCAAGCCGCCGUUUUCGGCUGACUGCUCGCUUCCGGACGCGUUCGCCUUCCAGCCCUGCAUGCAGUCGGCCACCGCCCAACUCGCCGAUCAGCUGCUGCCCCCAACACCCACAUCAUCACUCCCCACUCCCACGCUACCACCACUCGACCCCGCACUCCUGUCCACGUUGCUGUCGGCGGGCGGGCCGAACGCGCUGCCCCAGUUGCAACUGCUGCUCCAGGCGGAGAGGCGACAGAUUUUCUUGAGAUUCCCGGACGAGGAGGCGCACUUCAAUUUCACAAUGCUACCAGAGAGCCUCGUCAUGCUCAAAUUCCACGAUGUCUACUGCCCGGCCGGGAUUCUCAUCAAGGCCGACGACGACGUGUUGAUGGACAUCGACAACGUGCAACGUCGAUUGGAUGCUACCGGAUUUCUGGGAACCCCGUUCAUCGCCGGGCUGGUUGCCGCCGAGGGUUCGACACCCAUCAUACGACAGCAAAACCAUAAAUGGUACGUCUCUGAGGAUAAACUUCCUGGCUCAUACUACCCAAUCUAUGCCAAGGGAUUGGCGUACAUUAUUUCACGAGAAGCUACACCAAUUCUUCUUGCCUCUACUGUUAAAUGGCCAUUGAUUCCGAUCGAAGACGCCUACGUCACCGGAUUACUUGCCAAGAACACUACAAUCAAAUACGUGUACAUGGAUGGGUAUAUCUACGAUUCGGCCGUCCCGAAGAAGUUCCACUGUUUCGACGGCCACAUAACGUUGAUUUGUGCUCAUGCUUUUAAGGGCGAGACGCGAUUACGUGACGGUUGGGAGUUGAUGAAGCAGUUGAAGUGU